AUGGCGACCAUUGAAAUGGAAAAUGUGGAGUGUGUAUCUUCAUCUGAUGAAGAGAUCCAGGCAGCAGCUGUGUCUUCUAAUCCCAAUCAAUAUUCUUCAAAGCGCCUUCUUAAUUGUCACAAUGGGCACACUCUUUGCUCGACUUGCAAAACGAGAGUACACAACCGUUGCCCCACAUGCCGACAGGAGCUUGGGGAUAUCAGGUGUUUGGCCUUAGAGAAAGUUGCCGAGUCACUCGAGCUUCCGUGCAAGUUUUUCUCUUUGGGCUGCCCCGAAAUAUUUCCUUACUACGGCAAACUCAAACACGAAGCAAUUUGCAAUUUCAGACCGUAUAGUUGCCCUUAUGCAGGCUCCGAGUGUGCUUUCACGGGGGAUAUACCUUUUCUCGUUUCGCACUUGAGGGACGAUCAUAAAGUGGACAUGCACAGCGGAUGCACUUUCAACCACCGAUAUGUAAAGUCGAACCCUCGUGAAGUCGAAAAUGCCACGUGGAUGUUGACUGUAUUCCAUUGUUUUGGGCAGUAUUUUUGCCUACACUUUGAGGCCUUUCAGCUGGGAAUGGCCCCCGUUUAUAUGGCCUUUCUCCGAUUCAUGGGAGAUGAAAACGAGUCUCGUAACUACACGUACAGCUUGGAAGUUGGCGCAAACGGGAGAAAGCUCGUCUGGGAAGGAACCCCAAGAAGCAUACGGGACAGUCACCGUAAGGUACGUGAUAGCCAUGAUGGACUCAUCAUACAGAGGAAUAUGGCCCUCUUUUUCUCGGGUGGGGACCGAAAGGAGCUCAAGCUUAGGGUAACGGGUCGGAUUUGGAAAGAACAGCAGGGUUCGGAUAACGGAGCCUGCAUACCUAAUCUCUGUAGCUGA